AUGGAGACGGGACGACAUCCGUCCGCCGUGUCAACACGUCUUUCGGCGGACUUCAGUGCCUUCUCGGCCUCGCAGGAGAUCGAUUUCAAAGAUACUCAGCUGAGGCUGGUGCGUGAGCAGACUGCCAACUGCAUCAAGGAUUUGAAUGCUCUGCGAACGGAGGUCAUGCUGCUGAAGUCCGACCAGAAAUCGGAUCGUUUGAACUCAAGUGCGCUGGCAAACUCUUUGGAAGGGAAACAGCUCGAAGUGCAGGAACAUUUUGAAAGAGAGAAGAGGGAGAGGGCUGCCGUACUGCAGCAAAUCUCCAGGAAGGUGAACGACUUGGAGCGGGAGCUGCCUUCCAUUCGUGACGAGAUGUCACUGAUGCGGGAGCAGCUUCGAUCCAUGGAGACCUGGCAGCCACACGUGGAGGACUUGCAGUGCAGCUUUUUGAAGGACGUGGAGGCUCGACAUCAGGCCCAUGGACAGCUGGAACAAAAGAUUGCCGAAAUCGAUGCAGGAAUGACGAGGCACAGCGUACUGCAUAAGGAUCUCCAAGAUCGCCUGAUUGGUGUCCAUCAGGAACAUGUGGAGAAGUUGGGUCGUGAACUCCAUACGCAUGUGGCCAAGGUCUCUGAAAUGCAGGAGCGAGUGGACUUCAUUGAGAGUUUUCUCGGUGACAACGCGCAAAAGCACAGUGAGGAACUCAAGAAGACGCAGGAUCGACUAUCUGAGCAUGCGACGGCAGAGCGGGUUGACUAUUUGGAGAAGGCCCUUGGCGAUUCUUCUGACAGGCACACUCGCGAGCUGGAAGCCUUGAGAGUGGCUCAUCAGAAGAUGGUGGCGGAACACAAGGGCCAGGAGCAGGGCCAUGGACAAGUUUCUGAUCGGGUCACCCAACUCCAAAGGGAGAAGGAAGAGCUUCGUGCUCAUCACAUGUCGCUAACAGAACGUAUGGACUACUUGGAGACUCUUCUUGGAGAAAGUGCAGAGAAGCAUGCCCAGGAGCUUGAGACGUUCAAGGACAAACAUGCAAAGCUGGAUGCUGGGGCCAAUAAGUUAUGCAGUCACCAUGCUGGACUGGAGGAGCGGAUGGAGUAUCUGGAAGCGAAGAUUGGCGACUCCUUUGACAAGCAUGCCAAGGAACUCAGCAAUGUUCAUGCGAAGGUGGAAGAAUUGCAUGGAAAGCUUCAAGAUCAAAAGAGCACUCGGGAGGAGAAACUUCUCUACUUCAACGGACAUCUUCAACAGCAAGUCACCGCUCAAAAGACUGGUGACGAGCGGCAUGCUUCAAUGGAGGAGCGGUUGAAGUUCUUGGAGUCCUUGAUGGGCGACAAUGCAGAACUGGGCAAGGAGAGCCGCCAGGUUGUCAAGGUGUUGGAAGAGAAGCAUGCCGGGGUACUGGAUCGCUUGGAUUCUGUUGAGAAGGAGCAAGCAGCACGGCAGAAGAUCGAGGAGGUGAUGAAGUGUAAGACGCAGGAACAACAGAAGCACAAUGAAACGCAGGCUGAACUUGUGGAUUCCUUGCAACGCACGGUUGGAAUUUUUGAUACGCUGAUCCGAAAGGACAUGGAGGAGCGGAAAUCAGAGAUGAAGCGCCUUUGGGAGGUCGUUGAUGGACUCACGCAGGACCGAGCCAGCUCCAAGGUCAAGGUUGCUUCGGAUGGCGAGGAUGUGGAGGAGAAAAGCCUGAGGCCAAGCAGAUUCUCCCGCUCUUCACCAUCUCUGGUAAAUGCGACCAGCACGGCUAGGCCUGGAGCAACGAGCUCGUCCACGAGACUUGUCAGCUACAGACCAAUCAGUCUUUCCCACAACACAGGCAAGAGUAGUGUCAUAUCCAACGACAGGACUGGUACAGGCAACUGCACCAGCGGUUACCGUGCUACCAAGCAAGCCGUCCGAGCCUGA